ACAGGUGACCACCCCUAUCGCGUGUGUACCCUUGGGGUCUGAAAAUGUAACAGAAUACCCGGGAAACUUGACCAUGUGUAAGCCCGUCCCUGUGGCAGGGCUCCCCCAUGAUAUGACUUUCAAUGACAACAGUGUGGUGGCGGUGGCUGCCUACACCUGUCUGUUUGUGGUAGCCGCAUGUGGUAACCUUACGGUAUUCAUCACAUUGUUUAGGAACAGACACGUAAAAUCCCGAGUCAACCUGUUCAUUUUACACCUGUCCAUUGCCGAUCUCAUUGUUACCUUCAUCAUGUUACCUAUGGAGAUAUCGUGGCACAUCACCGUGGCAUGGACCGCUGGAGACUUGACCUGUAGGAUUCUCAUGUUUUUUCGUGCGUUCGGACUUUACCUUUCUUCCUUUAUCCUUGUGACUAUAAGCCUGGACCGUUAUUUCGCUAUUUUGCAUCCGUUAAGUUUAAAUGAUGCCGAUAAACGAGGGAAAAUAAUGCUGACUUUAGCCUGGAGUUUUAGCCUCGUCGCGAGCAUUCCACAGAGUGUUAUAUUUCACGUAGAGCACCAUCCACAGCAUCCGUGGUAUACACAGUGCGUUACCUUCAACUUCUUCCCGACAGCCAAACAUGAACUAGCAUACAAUCUCUUCAACAUCAUCACAUUAUACGCUCUUCCUCUGCUCAUCAUAUCAGCGUCAUAUUCUCUAAUAUUGUUUGAAAUAUCCAAGAAAACAAAACAGAGUAGAGAAGAAACAGGUUUAUCAGCGAAGGCUCGGAGCCGUUUACGCCGGUCUUCUAUGGGAAACAUACGCCGGGCGAGGACUCGAACAUUAAAGAUGACAUUAGUAAUAGUCAGUGUAUUUGUGCUGUGCUGGACGCCUUAUUUCGUGAUAUCGGCUUGGUGGUGGUUUGACAAGGAUUCCGCAAAAAAGUUAGACCCAAAGAUACAGAAGGGGUUAUUUUUAUUCGCCGUCUCUAACUCCUGCAUGGAUCCAAUAGUGUAUGGAAUGUUCACCAUCAAUUUCAAGAGGGAGUUAGUUCGCUGCUGCUGUUGUUUGAAAGCGGCCCUGAAACGACAGAAGCUUCGGGGUGUCAUGGUACACUACCAGUCGUCUACCAGAAGAACUCCAAUCAACUUUAAGAGUGGUUCCUACUUCAAAGGCAAAUUUCAAUCAAAUCAGUUUUACGAUGAAAGUGACAUAGACUCGAGUACGGGACUCAGCAGAUUUUCUGGGACUAUGGACUCUCCGCGGGCCGUGACAAACCACACCCAAUUAACACCAGGCCCUGGAUCGAUGACAUUCAAAUCCAACAAUGAAUCUCGAGCAAAUAUUAACAAUUUCAUGACUCUUAAACUACCUAUCGAUACAGAACAUGAUAAAUGACUCCAUGAUCUGUGUCUAAACAAUCUUUUCGACGAAGGUGAUGUUUCGGAUUCCAAAUUUAUGUGUAAGAGAAAUGGACUGAUAGCAGCAGCUCAACAUUUGAAUCGAUAUCGUUACCUGUUGUUUAGGGCAUACGCUAUAGUCGGCGACAUGUACCUUGUGUACGAUACAGUGUCAGUAAGUACUCAUGCGGCCACAAGGCUUGACGACUUUAGCCAUAUAGAGUAUCAAAGAAUGUUUUACAAGCGUACAUGGGCGAGAGAAAUCAUGGUGGAAAGUCUGCUUAUGUUUUGCCGUUAAAUGUAGUUACAAUGUGAUUAUUCGUCAAUUAAUAUAAAAUAUUGGUAUAGCUACAAUCAAACUGUGAUAUGCAUCUGUGGAUGUCUAGUGAAAGAAAUUUAUAUUUUACGUGAACCAUAGAUAAUUCUGUUUGAACCUCCGAUUUGUUGGUUCCUAACAUCAUUGACAGUUUUGUUUUGCUAUUUGUAAUUGUAAAAAAUAUUUCUGAUGUAAAAAUGACAGUACCCGCUUGAAAAUUAAGGUUUGUUCUUGUAUAUAUUUUACUCAUUUUAUCAUAGCGAUCAACAUAGGAAAACACAUAAUCAAAACAAACAACACAAUUCAUAAACAAUGCAAAGAAUAAAGAACUUCACGAACAAAAACAAAAAAAGCAAAAAAAAAACACCCAGAGAGUACCAUAUGUGUGUAAAUAUCUACGCUUUGUACGCUACUUCUGCUGAAAACAAAUAACCAUUUGAAAUUCCAUUCGAUAAAGAAACGAGGUUGACGACAUAAUGCUUCGCUAAGAAAUAGAGCGCUUCUUGCAAUAGUUGUGUUAUCCAAUUUGUAUUUUUCCCUUUUUAGUUCUUUACUGAGAGCGAAUUUUCUAUUGCAGCGAAUAUUUGACACAACCUUCAAUAUAUAGUAAUAACAUGUGAAAGGCGAAAUUAAUACUAGGCGAACAUGGAUGUUUUCAAUUAGUGAAUUUCACGUACAAAAAGGGGGAAAAAACCAAGAUUCGGAUCAAUUAAAAAAGACUGGAAAAUAUUUUCGUAAAUAUAUACCCGUAACAGGGAUAUCUUUUUUACCCUUCCGAAAGUCCAGGGCGAAAUAGUUCUAAUGGUUAUCAGCUUUUUCAGUGUAUUUUUUAUAUAUAUACUGAACAAAAAAAGAAAC